UACUCAGUAUACAGUAUAUAGUACUCAGUAUACAGUAUAUAGUACUCAGUAUACAGUAUAUAGUACUCAGUAUACAGUAUAUAGUACUCAGUACUCAGUAUACAGUAUAUAGUACUCAGUAUACAGUAUAUAGUAUAUAGUACUCAGUAUACAGUACUCAGUAAGCCCACCCUGUCCUGCCCAGUCCUGGUCCCAGUGAACCUGGUUCUCCAUAGUCCUGGUCCUGAAGGUCUGAAGUUUUAAAGGAGGACCUUCAGGACCUCUGCAGACUCUGGUCCUGGUCCUGGUCCUGGAUAUUUUAAACUGAGUAAACUAAACAUACUUUGUACUCAGUCUCACAGCGCACAGGUUUGGAGGGUGCAGUGCUGUUACUGCGGCGCGGCGCGCUCACCGCACAUCUGAAGAGAUGAUGACGUGGCGCAGACAAACCUGAUACUGCCGCUAUUCACAGGCUAGCUAACCUCACUAGUCAACGAUCGCUGCCAUAUUUUUGCGAGUGUUUACGAUGUCGCCCUCUCCGUGGUUCGAAUACUAGCCUGAUAUCGGUGCAGCAGACUGAGGCGAGAAAGAACCGCGGUGCGCUGCGGCAGUGAAAAUACACCGAUAAAUUCAAAUGUCGGUGCUUCUGGUUGUCCAUGAUCAGGCGCUGCUGGCUCGCUGGUUAUUUUUCAUUUGACACAGGUAACGCUUCGGAACCCGGCGGCUACUAGCUAACUAGCAUUAGCAUUUGCGAUACCGUUCGUGAUAAAAGACAAACAGGUGACACCACAAAUAUACUCCAAACGAUAAACGCUGGCGGUGCUCGGUGGAAAGAACACGUGUAAAAGGAAACGUAUUACUGAUAUCUGUAAAAAUACUGUCAGGUCGAGCAUCGCCGACCCACUGGAACCACCGCCAUCCACCGCCGUCCACCGCUGUCCACCGCCAUUCUUACCGAUGACAGGAGUGCGGCGAGUGUCCGCAGUCAGAUACUCUAAAUCUUGACUGAUUUUCACAGACUAUCCAAACUCUUUUUCCAUUUGGAGGUGAGUAUACUCAAAAUAUGGAAGUAUGCGAUUUGGGACACACCUCUGGUUUGGUUGUAUCCAGGUCCAGGUCUGCUGUGACCCUAGAGGGACCUCCAGACUCUGAGAUCCUGUUUCAAAGAUGGAUCAGUCCUUCAAACGGGGACAUCAGAGAGACUUCGUUAAAGUUCCUGUUCCACAUGAUCCCAGUUUGGUGUGUGUGUGUGUGUGUGUGUGUGUGUGUGUCUGUGUGUGUGUGUGUGUGUGUGUGUGUGUGUGUGUGUGUGUGUUAGAGGACUUCAGGUGGAACUAAAGACUUUACUUGUGAACCGAGUCAUUCCUGAUGUUGUCAGUUCCAGUUCUGGUUUUCCCACGGUCCGUGAGUGAACUCUGCAGUCUCAACAACUCAGACUCAGCAGGAGGACAGUCAGCUGACACACACAGACACACACAGACAGACAAACAGACCACUCAGCCAGAACCACAACCACAGCAGCAGCAGCAACAACAACAACAACAACACUGACAGUAACUACAACAGACACUAAGCCUGAGACCGGGUCCAAGUCCUAACAAGAGCCACAGACAGGUUUAACAGACUACAGACAGACUACAGACAGAUUUAAACAGACUACAGACAGGAUUAUACAGAAUACAGACAGACUACAGACAGAUUUAAACAGACUACAGACAGGAUUAUACAGACUACAGACAGGUUUAACAGACUACAGACAGGAUUAACAGACUACAGACAGACUACAGACAGGUUUAACAGACUACAGACAGACUACAGACAGGUUUAAACAGACUACAGACAGACUACAGACAGGUUUAACAGACUACAGACAGACUACAGACAGGAUUAUACAGACUACAGACAGACUACAGACAGGUUUAACAGACUACAGACAGACUACAGACAGGUUUAAACAGACUACAGACAGGUUUAAACAGACUACAGACAGACUACAGACAGGUUUAAACAGACUACAGACAGACUACAGACAGGUUUAACAGACUACAGACAGACUACAGACAGGUUUAACAGACUACAGACAGACUACAGACAGGUUUAAACAGACUACAGACAGGUUUAAACAGACUACAGACAGACUACAGACAGGUUUACCAGACUACAGACAGACUACAGACAGGUUUAACAGACUACAGACAGACUACAGACAGGUUUACCAGACUACAGACAGGUUUAUACAGACUACAGACAGACUACAGACAGGUUUACCAGACUACAAACAGACUACAGACAGGUUUAACAGACUACAGACAGACUACAGACAGGUUUAAACAGACUACAGACAGACUACAGACAGGUUUAACAGACUACAGACAGACUACAGACAGGUUUAAACAGACUACAGACAGACUACAGACAGGUUUAAACAGACUACAGACAGGUUUAUACAGACUACAGACAGACUACAGACAGGUUUAACAGACUACAGACAGACUACAGACAGGAGUUGGGGGUUUUGUGAUUUUGGAGAAGCUGUUUUUUUUUCUCUCUCCUGAAACUCGGAGGACCUUUUUGUCUGACUGGACUCUUUUAACUUUUCUCGGCGCUCAGAGAAUUUUCCACUUCCUCAUGCCGCGCCGCUCUCCAUCAGCUGCUCCAAACACACUCAUUACCACAUCCAGCAGAGCAUUUCAUCAGCCUGGCUCACAGUGAACUUCCUGUCAGCUGUGGAUGUUAGGAAACACUGAAACCUGAGCAAACCCGCUCAGCUCCGGUCGGUCCGUCUGUGUUUGAAGCGGAGAAAUGGUAUCUGUGUGUGUAACAGAUCGUAAGUCAUCAGAGGAAAAGCAGCUGUGAGUCUGCAGACGCUCUGUCUCUAACCUCCCUCUCUGUCUCUGUCUCCUGCAGAUGAGCUGGCCAGCUGUUUGGACUGUGAUGAUCUGGUUGGAGGACUUUGUGAUGACUCGUCGUUUUGCGGUACAGUCCGCCGCUCGCUCUCGGCUCCCCACCCCCCCACUGUGGACUCUGUAGGCUCCUCAGUAGGCUCCUGUGAGUCUAAGUAUCACUGCGACCUGGUGACACGCAAUGGAGGAGAAGUCUACCGCUAUCCGAGCCCGCUGCACGCAGUGGCGGUCCAAAGCCCCGUCUUCCUGCAGAAGUGGGGUCAUGGAGGUCACGGCAAAGAAGAGGGGACCCUGAGAGGUCUUGAAGCAGCCAUAGAAGGACUGAAACCAGAAUCGUUAUUUUUCUCUCCUCCUGUUUCAGCGUCUUCAGUGCCUCAGAGCUCCUCCUGGCCGGCCCCCUCCUCCUUUUCCGCGACUACGUCACAGAAACAGCUGGACAGCUACAUCUUCAGUCUGCUGCAGCGGAGAGCCCUGCCUGUCAGGACCAACAGACCCAGGACCAGCAUCAGCACCGACCCGUCGAAGAGCAUCCUGAGGCAAACCAGUCUCUGUGUGCGGCAGGUAUCUGGUCCCAGCUCCGGUUCUGGUUUUGGGACUGUGACAGGCGCUGAGCUCAGACCUCCCUGGUUGGCUGCUGGAGCAGAAGGUGCCAUCACCUCAUCUCCUCAGAGGCAGUGGUCUGUGGAAAGUAAAUCUGCGGAGCAGGAGGCUCCAAAUGUUUACCCUGGAGGCAGCAUGACCUCGGUAGAGAACGGCCUCAGGUUAACCACGAGCGACCCCGUACUAAACCCGAACCUGUCUCCUCUGAGGAACAGUGUCCAAACAAGCUCCCCUGUCAGGAACCAGGACCCCAACACAAGCACUAAUAUCCUGCUGAAGCCAAAAGGCAACAGACUCCUUCCUCCCUCAGCAGUGACUACAGCCACCCGGCCAAAAGACCUCAGGGAGCUAAGCUGCCCCAAGGCAAACUCCUCCCCCAAAGAGACAAAGCCACCAUGUUACCCUGACCAAGAGCUGUCCUUCAAAUCACCGCCAGCAGUCAAACUAGCAGCAGCUGCUCAAAAGAACAGCCCCAAACCUCCCCAAGCAGACCAGACUGAGAGAACAGAGAGGGUGGGUCCAGAUAAGACCAGUGAAGAUGCAAAGGUGGGGCCUCACAUGGUAGAUACCAGGGUGAUCCUCAAUCAGAAGCAUAAUACCAAACUUUGUAAAGGUGGCAACAAAAAUGUCAAGUCCAUCAAAGUGAAGAACACGACAUCGAGGACAAGUCAGGACCUUAGAUAUAACGAGAGAGGAGGGGACAAAUCCCACCACAGAUCUAGCUCUAAAAAGAACCGAAUGGGGGAAGACGGCGGCUCCUCCCAUGGUAAAACCUCCAGGAGAGCAGCUGGUGGCCCUUACGUGAUGCCCUCCUCCCAAAUCAAGUGCCUCCCUGCGUCCAUCCCUGAGGGACAAGUCCUGGACAAACACACCACAUCAACGCUAAGCAGUGUGCAGUCAGGCUCAUCCAGGUCCCAUCGCCAUCGCAAUGGUCACCAUCACUAUGGACACCAUCACCAGGGUGGAAACCGUCGCCACCAUGCUCACCACCAUAAUCUCCAUGGGCGUGACCAAGUGGUGGUUGUUGCCAAACCAAAGUACAAACGAAAUGAUUACCGGCGGUUACGAGCGAUCAUGGAAGUGCCCUAUGAUGAGGCGUUCAGGCGCGCUCAGCGACGUAAGAGAAAGGAGUUGCUAAGUCAUUCUGCAGCCAAUGGAUUACUGAGCAGCCCGUAUGCUUACACGGCAGGAAGUGACUCUGAAUAUUCAGCUGAGUGUGCCUCACUCUUUCAUUCCACCAUCGCAGAUACCAGCGAGGACGAGAGGUCCAACUACACCACCAACCGCUUUGGAGACAGUGAGUCCAGUGAGGAGGAGUACGUGGAGGAGAGCACUGCCACCAGUGAUACAGAGGAGAGUGGAGGAGGUGGAGCUGGGGGUGGGGUAGGUGGGACAGGAAGAGGGUGGGUUCAUUCAGAGGCAGCAGGAGCCGGAGUGACGGGGAAAGAAAUGACUGCAGCUCAGGCAAAGGCCUUCGUCAAGAUCAAGGCCUCCCACAACCUAAAGAGGAAGAUCCUCAGGUUCAGGUCAGGUUCUCUCAAACUCAUGACCACAGUAUGAGUCACCAAGUCCAGAGCCAUGUCCCCAACCUACCCAGAGAGCCACACCUGCCAGAAUGCUUUAUCUGUGCACUCCAAACCCACCUGAAUCAAGACCCGCUGUAGCCCACACCCAAGGAAAGCAAAAACCGCCCAGUAACCCUUCAAACCAGUCACUCAUCAAACCAGUCAGCCUUAUUUGUAAGAGCACAUGUGACCAACAAGAAUGUGAUGUUACCCUGACAUCUUGUCGUAGUACUUGGUGAGGCUGAUCCAGGUAUACCUUAAACUUGUAAAGGUAAUCAGUCCAAUGGAGGGACCUGGUGGAAAGUUGCUUAAACGAGAAAUGUUUGAACAUUUGUUUGUGUGACUGGAUCAGACGGUAACUGUUUCUGAACGGCUGCCUGUCAGAUACCCUCCAACACCCAGGACAAAUGCAGCAUCAGAAACUGCUAGAAAACCACAUUUAGCAAAGAGAGGACGCGUCGGUACAGAGUUCACGUUGGUGUCCUUCACGUCCCUCUGUCUUCCUCCAACAGUGCCUCAGUUAAUCUCACUGUAAACCCAAAUAACCAAUCCAUAUUGUCCUUCUGUGAGCUAAGGUGGACCCAGGAGGGUACUCUGGCUGUAGAAAGAUCAGGGUUCAUCAUAACCAAAUCCUGACCCACUGGACCAAACUGAGGCGCUUGUUGGAAACACACCAUAAAUCCGAAUCUAAGGAGGCGUCACGGUGCGCCAGACAAGACACUUCAACCACACCUGCUGCCAGGGUGUCCAUCUGCUGGGUGGAUCCAGGCCUGUCUUUGGACCACCAACAUGACCAGGGGGAUCACUGUCCUGGUUUUAAUGCCUUCAGUGGUUCUGAUGAUAUUUGGAUCAUGUGGGACUAAAACUCAAAGAAUGACUAACGUCACACUGAGCUGUAACCCUGACAGAGAUGGUCUCAUGUACGCAGGAUCAGAGAGGUUCUGGGUCUUAUGGGUCGGGGGUAUUGGGUGUGCAUGAUUUGGUUUAUUCGGGUCCAGUGUUAACCGUUACCUGUGGGCCUCUAGGUGGUCGAGGUGAGUCCAGUCUGACUCAGUGGUCUGAGUCCUUCUUAGAGAACAUCUUAGUCAGUCCUCAAAUCCGAACAACGUCCAGACCACCAGAAUUUCAGUCUGACUCGGAGGUCUGUGAGUUUCUUCUGGACCAUUUUUAGUCACUCAGGUGGCUCCUCACUCAGCUGAUGUUUCUAAAGGGGGUUUGGAAGGGUCCUGUAAGGUCCUGGAAGGUUCUAGAGGGUCCUGGGGGAGGGGGGCUGGGUUCAGGUUCUGUCUCUUGCUGCAGUCCUCUGUAUUUCCUGCACUUUGACACUCAGACAGACUGUCAGACGGAUCAUGUCGGCCUGUAUGUCAUUUUUUUUGUAGCCUUGUUUUGUAUUUAUUGUCACGUGACCUUUGCCUUUGGUUGUAGCGCACACGGCACGCCUCAUGCUUGGUUUUGAUUGGUCGGUAGAACGACGGCGCUCUGAAAAGCUAUUUAAACUUAAUAUAUUUGAACGAUAAAGAUGGUCCGGACUGACAGAUUCAACAGCAUUUAAACACAAAGACUCACUGACUGUUUACUGUCACCACUGUUGCCAUGGUAACGACAAUAAAUAACAUCUACACGUCUGAGAGGAAAACAGUGUUUGGGUAGGUUCAGCAUCUAAACCCGACCAAAGUGACCAAAAAACCAGCCGUUUAACCAAGUUCAUCACGGGCCGGUGAAGUCCUGGACCGGGUUUAACUGGAAUCAGGACUAAGUUUGAUUUUACUCUGAAACUGAGUCCGUUUACCGGACCUCCUUAUUAAAAUUUAAAGGGUUACUGACUCCUAUGAAGCUUUGACUCUAGAGAAACAGUUUCCUGUUUUUAAUGCGACUUCGAUUUGACGUCCGAUCACGCAGGUUUACUCAGCACGGCCUAGCUUAUUGUAGCGUAGUUUAGACACAGCAGGAGGAGACUGUUAGCUCGUGUCACGCUCUGUAGGCGAUAUUUUUUUUCGUUGGAUGGUAGGGGAAGGUCCCGCCUCCUUCACCUCUGAUUGGCUAAAAAAGCUGGGCUCCGAUUGGUUCUUCCUUAUGGCUGUGACGCGUCAUCACACGCUCGAGCCGAGCGCCGACUGUUGGCUCUGAACGUCGAACAGAACAUUAUUGCAGUUCUGAAUCUCCGAACGCAAACCCGACAGACGAUGACGUUUCACAGCCAUAAGGGAUAACCAAUCAGCGCCCAGCACUUUUAGCCAAUCAGAGGUAAAGGAGGCGGGACCUUCCUCUACCAUCCUACAAAAAAAAUGGGUCUCUGUAGAGGCAGCAGCUGGUGUUGACAUGCUAACUACACGCUGAUGAAGCUAAAGCAGUUAGCAUGUAGUAUUACUAAGAUAGCAUAUCAAACUUUAGCGAUGUUUUGGGCUAGCUUAAAGGGAAACUGUUAGCCUAGCAGCGUCAGACCGAGGCUAAGCUAAGACCACCUGUCAUGUUAGCACAAGAGUUUGAAGCUAGGCUAAACUAAGCUAGGCUAAACUAAGCUAGGCUAAUGCUAAAAUAAUCCUAGAUUAUAUCGUAUUAUAAAUUAAGUUUAUUAAAAGUUUUAGUUCAGAUCCUGAAAAUAUUUCUCUGAUGAUGAACCUUGAAGUGAAAAUCUGACCUGAGUCCACCUGUCCAGGUGAGACAGAUCCUGAGUCCACCUGUCCAGGUGGGACAGAUCCUGAGUCCACCUGUCCAGGUGAGACCUCCUCCUCCUUCAGCUGUUUCCCUCUCAGACCUGUCGUCAGUUUUUCUUCUCAAAUGUUUUCAUUGAAACUCAAACAGCCUUAAGUUUGUGUAACAGAUUCAGACCUGAUCAGCUGACUGUUCCUGAGCGUCUGUUCAUCGAUGUUUCUGCUCUUUAACCUUUUUACGCUUUAAUAAACGUUUAAAAAACACCGACGUCUGAAGACUGUCUCUGAACUCAAACUCUGGAGGAUUAAAGUUUCUGUCUCUACUCCUCCUCUCCUCUCCUCCUCCUCUCCUCCUUCUCUCCUCUCUUCCUCUCUCCUUCUCUCCUCUCCUCUCCUCUCCUCUCCUCCUCCUCUCCUCCUUCUCUCCUCUCUUCCUCUCUCCUUCUCUCCUCUCCUCUCCUCUCUCCUCCUCUCUCCUCCUCCUCUCCUCCUCCUCUCCUCCUCCUCUCUCCUCCUCCUCUCCUCCUCCUCUCUCCUCCUCCUCUCCUCUCUCCUCCCCUCUCCUCCUCCUCCCCUCUCCUCCUCUCCUCCCCUCUCCUCUCCUCCCCUCUCCUCUCCUCCUCUCCUCUCCUCUCUCCUCCUCUCCUCCUCCCCUCUCCUCCUCUCCUCCCCUCUCCUCUCCUCCUCUCCUCUCCUCUCUCCUCCUCCUCCCCUCUCCUUCUCUCCUCCUUCCCUCUCCUCCUCUCUCCUCCCCUCCCCUCUCCUCCCCUCUUCUCCUCCCCUCUCCUCCUCUCCUCUCCUCCUCUCUCCUCUCCUCCCCUCUCCUCCUCCUCUCUCCUCUCCUUCUCUCCUCCUCCUCUCCUCUCCUCUCCUUCUCUCCUCUCCUUCUCUCCUCCCCUCUCCUCCUCCUCUCUCCUCCUCCUCUCCUCUCUCUCUCUCCUCUCCUUCUCUCCUCUCCUCCCCUCUCCUCUCUCCUCUCCUCCCCUCUCCUCUCCUCUCCUCUCCUUCUCUCCUCUCCUUCCCUCCUCCCCUCUCCUCCUCCUCUCUCCUCCUCCUCUCUCCUCCUCUCUCCUCCUCUCCUCCCUCCUCUCCUCCCCUCUCCUCUGUCCUCCUCUCCUCUCCUCUCCUCCUCCUCUCCUCUCCUCCCCUCUCCUCCCCCUCUCUCCUCCUCUCCUCUCCUCCCCUCUCCUCCUCCUCUCCUCCUCUCUCCUCUCCUCCUCUCUCUCCUCUCCUCCUCUCCUCCUCUCUCUCUCUCUCUCC